UCAAUCCAAAAAUACCAGCUAGUGAAUAUAAUCAGUAAACCCAUUCUUCUCAGUCUAGCUGCAGCCAAGGUGCGGAUAGUAGAGAAUAUGGAACAACAGGCUGAGGAUUGGUGGGGUAGUUCGAGGGAGGCUGUUAGAUCGCAGUCCAGGAAGUUGUAUAGUGCUGCUUAUAAUAGUGAUGUCAGCAAAGUGAAGUCUCUACUGUCACAAGGGGUCGACCCCAACCACCCCGAGUGCUUUCCACUACACAUCGCUUGUUCAUUUGGUCACCUGGAGAUAGUGAAGGCACUUGUUGAGGCUGGAGCAGACACUGAGAAAUGGGAUGAUGACGGCAGGUGUCCAGUUCAUUGUGCAGCCUUGUUUGAUCAAAAGAAGGUGUUGGUUUACUUGAUCAGGGAUUGCAAGUGCAGCGCUGAUACCACAGACAAGAACAACAAAACUCCACUCCACACUGCAUGCUCUGGUGGUCACCUAGAUGUGGUGCAGUACUUGGUGGAGGAGGCCCACUGUGACAUCAAUGUAUGGAACAAGUACAAUACUCCACUUCACUAUGCAUGCUCUGGUGGUAACCAAGGUGUGGUGCAGUACUUGGUGGAGAAGGCCCACUGUGACAUCAAUGCAACUACUAAGCAUGGCAGGACACCACUUAACAUAGCUAAAGAGAGUCAGUACAAGGAAAUCGUUGACUACCUCAAGACUCGACAAGAAUCAUCUCCUAGACAACUAGGAAAAGAUGGUGUGACAAGUGUUGGGAGUCAACCAGCUGUUCCACUCACACAAGACGAGGCUGAUGCUCUGCAGAAGCUUCUCAAGAAAGCAUGGGUCAACAUUGGUCAUCCCAUUGUUGCUGGAACCACCACUCUGGAGGAAGUUCAGCAGCUGCUUACUCAGAGAGGACUGGAGGAUAUGGCCACCAACCUCAGGACUAAAAUCAGUCAAAUUCUUGCAGUUCAGCGAAGAAACCUGGAGAUACUUGAUAGUCUUAUGAAGUCGACAAAUUCCAUCACUCUUUGUUACCUAAAGCUCUUUCUUGUUGGGCCACCGUUUGUUGGCAAGACGACCACACUCAAUCGGCUGCUGAAACAUUUCAAAAACAUUCGUUUAGAACCUGAUAAGGCAAAGCUUAGGAGUACUCUUCUUGCUAACUGUUUGCAGGUAUUUGCUUUAGUGAGCACCGAUGGAACCGAAUGGUUGUCUUCUAAGGAUCUGAAAGAAGAAGUUGCACUGUUGUUCAGGUAUUUCUGUGCCAGUGAUUUUGAAUCUGUACAAAGUGGUGAUUAUGAAAACAUCAGAUACAAAUCCACUACACCACCUAGUCCUCUUUCCAAAGAAAUUGUUGAGAUAAGAGAAGUGGGAGAUGACACCACAGAUGAACGACUAGCUCGAGUACGAGACUGUAUAUCACGAUUACAAAAUGUGAUUAAGGAUCAAGAUCAGUCUAAAGAACUGCUUAAACGCAUAGAGGAUAGCACACUGCUGAACAUUAACGAUAUAGGAGGUCAACCUGCAUUCCUAGAGAUGCUACCAGCCCUGAGCAAUGGUCCGGCCAUGUAUCUAGUAUUUGCUGACUUGAGCAAAGAGCUCAAUAAGCCGUACAAAAUUCUUUUCAGUCGAGAUGACACAACCAUCACUCCUUACGACGCCAUGCAUUCUGUUGAAUCCACUGUUUCUCAGAUCCUAUCCUCAAUUGCCAGUAUUCAUCGCAUCUCUCAAGAACCAGCUCCGUUUAAACUUGACAGAUCAACUGCUUUCGGUCAACAAUUUGAGAGGCUCCAGGAAGUGCGUCCAAUGGCAACACUAAUAGGCACACACAAAGACAAGUUAGAGGAACCGGUGGACCAGAAAAUUUCUGAAUUUGAUUCAGCUCUCACAAAAGUUACUUCUAAUUAUAAGAAAAUCAUUGCUAACCCUUCACCAAACCACACAAUUUUUGCAGUUGAUAACUUUUUAGGAACAGAUGAGAUGGAUAUAGCACCAAUCCGAGGUUUUUUAAGUGACAUUUUCAAGAAACAAUUUCAAGAUUCUUCUAUUCCUAUUCAACCAAAUUGGCUCUGGUUUAGUUUGAUACUGAGACGAGAAUACUGCAUUGCUCCGAUGGAUGAUUGUGUUAUCAUUGCUAAAGAUCUUGGCAUCAAAGAAGAUGAGCUGGAGCUUUGCCUUUGGUAUCUUCACUAUUGCACUGGAACCAUAAUGUAUUAUCCCAAUAUACCCGGGAAAUACUUCAAAGGACAUGUGAUCUGCACUCCUCAAGUUGUGUUUGAUAGCAUUAGUGAAUUUAUUGUGGCUUCUCUGCGCACUAUCCAUGGUGAUGGGGCGGUUAUUGAAUCAGAACGAGUUGAACUGAUUAAAAAGGGACAAUUUUUGAUCAAAUCCAUUGAAAAAUACUGCAAAUGUCCUCAAGUGAAAGAAAAGCUGGAAGAGAGAAAGCUUAUCCCAGCAAAGCAACUUGUGAAGCUCCUCGAAUACGUUCACCUUCUAUCACCAAUAGUUCAUACACAAUCAGACAAGGAAGAAAUUACUUACUUAAUGCCAGCUGUUUUAGAGUGUGCUUCACAAGAGGAGCUGGCGAACCCACAUCCACCAGACACCAACAACCCAGAACCACUCCACAUCACAUUCAGCUUUGGUUACGUACCAACAGGAGUCUUUUGUGGGCUCAUCACUCGACUAGUUUCCCAAGGCCACUAUGGAAUACUCGGAUUGACGUGGGAGUUGGUGGAAGAUGGUGUCAAGAGAAACUGCGUCUCUUUUCUGAUUGCAAAAUCAAAUAAGAUAACGUUAAUAUCUCAUGAAAGAAGUUACGAAAUACGAGUUACUCUAAAUCACGCUCAUCUCUCCCUGCACGACCUUUGCACCUAUGUUCUCUCAGUAGUUCUCUACACACUCAAGAGCAUGUACGAGCAGCUAGUCCCACAAGUUGCGUUCCAGUGCCCAUGUCCUGGUCACAGCUCAAGCACAGAUAGAAAUUCCUUGUGUAUCCUGACAGAAGAUGUAUGGAUUCAGUUUCUGUGUGGCAGUAAUCCCAUUACCUUGAGGAAGGAGCAGACAGUUUGGCUUGGAAAGACCAAGAUGGUUGGUGAACAGGCUAAACUAGAGGUACUAAAGUUUGCUGAUGAUGGUUUCUCCUUCCACUGGACCAAAGAGGGCUCCAAACGUCAGAUCAAGACUAGUGAUUAUCAGCCAAACACUGUGAGCUUCCUGAGUGUGAGAGAGGAGGACUUUGGUCACUACCAGUGUGAGGUGAAGGAUGCAGCUGCUGGAAAAGUGCUCCUCACUCUCUACACAGCUCUCUACAAAGAGGAGACAAGUAUAUUCUCUACUGAAGAGUCAAGACGCAAUAGUACCGAGUCCAAUAAAUCUAUUGUGAAGACCUCAUCAUCAGAUGAGGGGUCCCUGUCAUCAGAAAGGCUCCAAUACUCAACAGAUCCAGUCCAGAGAGUAGGAACUCCAAUAUCAUCAUCAGCAGGUGGUGACAGUCAAGUCCGUAAUAGAAGAGGUCACAUUGGAGAGUCUGUUGUGGAGGUCACUAACAAAUCUAAAAAGUUUAGUAAUUUUGGAAUUAAGAUUUCUGUCCUGGAAAAUUCGCUACCUGAAGGUAUCGAUACGUGUGUCCUACACAUAUCCUUUGAGUUAUCCACUGACUUUGAGAUUCCUGCUAACUCUGAACUAGUCAGUUCAAUUUAUCAUGUGAAAUGUGAGCCCAAAGUACAGUUUAAGAAGCCUCUCAUCUUGGAAAUACAACACUGUGUGAGCUUAAACUCUGGCCAUGAACAAAGGCUUGUCUUUGCUCGAGCAACCGAUGAGAGCAAAAAGUUUGAGAUCCUGGACGGUGGUCACUUUCCUAUUGGUGAACGCUAUGGAUCCAUCCAACUCACUCGUUUUAGUUGGUUUAGUACUUUGUGUGAAGCAUUAGGUUUUACAACUGAGAGGAUGUACAGUGCAUUGCUGUUCAGAAAGAACUUGCCCCAUCACAAAAUUGACAUGAAAUGUGUGGUAUGCCAGAAUCUAGCAACUCAUGUAAAGGUAAUUAGAGAGGAGUUAGAAAAAGAUAGAUACACAAAAGAAAUGGAUCUAGAUCAAAUUCAAUUUGAAAAUGCAGUAGAGAUGGAGCUGCAUUCAGAGAAUCCCGAGCUUUGGACUGUUACUAGGGUAACACCCACUCUGUCCAGGCAUCAGAUUGAUGGAUACGCAACAAGAGUAUUGGAUUCUGAUAGACGACCUGCAGUUAUUCCAGCCAUCCAAUAUAGAUUUAACCUGAAGGAAAAUUUUGUUUCUGAAUCAGUAAACUUUCUGCUGACGAAAACCGAUUUAGAUGAAGAGAGCCAACACUUGACCCUACAUAUUUGCUUACCCCACACUCUGGGAAGGAGUGACUCAACGACACAGACACAGAGAGGACCUCUCGCUACUCAAGUCACUCUCCAAGAACUAAUGAGGUGGUACCAACUGACUGACGAGCAACUCAGCCGUGAAAUAGUGGACUCCCAUACUCCCGUAAUGGCCUUAAAUUUUGAUGAUGUGGAACUUUAUUCAACUGCAAUGGGGCUACUUCCUGCUGAACAAGCCGAUGUGAACAGAUCAUGUAGAACUCAAGCAGCAAUGAUGAUGUGCUUGCAAAUCUGGAAACAACAUGAUCCUUCAUGAGCAACUUACAGAGCUCUAUAUACUGGAUAUCGUACUAACAUUGGGGAAAGGAGACACAGCUCAUCAAAUUUGUCGGCAAUUGAUCCAACAUCGUACACUGGACUGAUGAACUGAUUCACAGUAUCAAAAUGUUCAGAACACUCAUUAUAGCUCUAUAGAUUAACAUUAUUAUGUAGACUAGUGUAUGUUUUAUUUUUGUUGACUAGAAUAGACAUCUAUUUUUUGUACUGGAUUUCCACUGUAUUGUCAUUAAUUUUUUGUACAGAACAUUCGAUUGUUAUGACGUUUAUUUUAAUUAGUUGACUGUAAAAUAGAUUUCCAGGAAUAACGAGCUGGACAUUAUCAAUUAUAGCCUGCAGCUUUA